GACGCAUUUUCCCCUCCCCAGCCUCUCGAUGAUCAUGGACGAUGUUAUCCCUGCGGACUCGGGGGAGGUGGUUCUUCUCAGGGUCAACCAGCGUGCUCUGCAGCUCGACGGCGAGUCCUCCCCUGCGGUGGGCUACUGCGUGAUGCGAAGGCCCGGAGGCCUGCUCCUGGCCCUCCCCGCCACCUUUCUCCCUCAGGAGGUGCUCUCGGAGGCAGCCCAGGACGACUUUGCCGGGGUCCUUGGUCCCUCGACGAUCACUUCGGCUCCCGUUGUCGAGCUCGCCGAAGGGGGAGAGUGGGUCGGUGUCUACCCCACCAGGAACAUAGAUGUGCUCCUUGCAGACUUCGCGGACUCCGCCCUCUCCGGCAUCGAGCUCCUCGACGAAGGUCUAUCGGGUUGUGUUCCUUUCGUGGCCGAGAACCCCCACCUCUUCCCGCUGGCUACUGCUUUGGUCGAGUAUGCUGUGGCUUGGGCCGGCGUGCGUGCGAAGGCCGUGCCAGACCCAAAGAGAAGGCCAACGGUGGCCGCCCUUGCAGCUCAGCAGACGGAGAUCGUGAAGACUUUGCAGGCCCUCGCGACGCAGGUACAAGUCCUCGCAAAGGGGGGCGCUCAGGUUCCGGCGGAUCCGCCUCCUCAACCGGUGGCUCCGGUGGCUGCGAGGCCGGCUUUGGUGGCCCCCGUGUCUGCAACAGUGGUCGCCCCUCCGACCGGCCCAAGGGCGGUGGCAAACUUGUUGGGCCCUCCACCCCGCGGGAGGCCUGCCGUGAACGACGCCGCGGAGCAGGAUCCAGGUCUGGAUGGGCUGCCGCUGACCGCUGGAGAGCUAGGGCAGCCAGACGAAGGCAGCUCCAUCACUGCGGCCUUCCUGGCACAGAGCCGAGCCCUCACCGCUUUGGUGUCCCAGAUAGCGGGCCAGAACGAUCCUCUUUCGGACCUGGCCGCGAGCGGCAGCUCAAUCUCGACAAAGGGGUCCGCGGCCAGGUUAAAGCUCCAGAGGGAGCUCUCCUCCCGCACAGGUGUUUUCUUCGACAAAGUCUACGAGGCCGCCACCCGCCGGAUGGAGCCUACAGCAGACACCUCGAUGCUCGCUGCAGGGGUGAGCCAGGGACCAGUGAUGACAAGGUACAUGGAGCGCUACGGUGGCUUCCGAGACUACAGGACUUGGGGGCUGGUCCAGUGGCAGCUGGCUCAGGCUUUCGACCUACUGGCCACCGAACAGGUGGCGGGCGCAAAGGACGUCAUCGCCCUUCUGAUGGUCAUGGUCGACCAGAUCGUCCUCGACGCUGGUUCUCCCGACCUUGGUUGGCUGCUAACGCUGCAGCCGGACCCGCCAGCUCCGCUUUUUACGGCCCAGCUGAACACCCCGGGCUCAUCACUGCGGUCGUGCUCCCACCUGUCGGACCCAAAGUGGGUCGCCACUGCCUUGUCCUACAUAAAGGAGAUGGAGACUUUGUCGGCGAGGCGCGGCGAGGCAGCAAGGAAGGCUCCACCCGGGACUCCGGAUCCGCCUGCCGGAAAAGGACAGCCCUCGCUAACUCGGAAACAGCAGCGCGCAAAGCUGUGGGCGGAGCGAAAAGCCUCCGCAGCAGUUUUUGGAAGCCAGUUCCCAGUUCCUGCCGUCGCAGAAAGGUCCUACCCCAGGCUGCACAGGCGAGGUUUCAAAUCCUCCUGCAGACACGUCAUGCACUACGAGCCCCCGCUCACCUUCAGGCUCGUGCUUCGAUCGGGGACUUCCUUUGCAAAGUUCCUCGGGUCUUCCUUUUGCAUCAGUGAUAGGGGCCCUGCUGCCCCCAAUACCGCCCUGUUUCCCCUGCCCGUGCCGAGCCUUGGUUUGUUCGAUGCAGGCAUCCUGGAGUCCAGUCCUCCGGGCCUUUCCUCUGAGCCUACGUCUCGGCGGAUCUUGCUUGAAAGGGUCUUGUAUGUUGUGGUCUUGGGCCUAAACUACCUCCAUGCCGAUUUCAAGCACGUGCCCACUGACUGCCUCCGGAGGCUACCGACUGAGCUGCAUUUGAAGGUGUUUGACAGGCUCAGGUCGAUGCUUAGGGCGUGCAGCGAGAAGGGUGAACACCCUCUCGCCUCCGGCCGACGAGGGCCGCAUCUCAUUGCCAGGCUGCGUGAGCUCAAUGCUCAUAUCUCAGGCCUUGGCCUCUCUACUUUUCCUUACCCUAGCGGAAUCAGCGCUCGAGUUUUUGUGCCUCACGACGCCGACGGCCCAGAGGCCCUCCGCCCAUACCGGGAUGCUGACCCAGACCGACUGAAGAUCUCCGGGACUGGAUCCUGGAACCUUGAGGCCUUCCUCUCCCCUGAGCUCAGGCUGGCGUAUCGUGAGCCCCACGUGCUCCGAUCUAUCCCUCCAAACCUGCUCCCUGGCCCGGACGGCGAUGCUGAGCCCCGCGACCGCACCCUCCGACUCAUGCGACUUUGGGACACGAAAGGGCUGCUCUUCAUCUCUUUUCAGAAGAAGGAGCAGCGCGAAGUUACGAGGGUCUUCGGGUCAUACAAGUCUGAGACGGCCGACAGGCAGAUAGGUUCCUACCGCCAGGCCACAAUCCUGUGUCAGCUUUCAGUGCCUCCGGGCCACCGCCUCAUAGGUGCAAGCACUGACCGGGCCGACUUCUACCACCAGGCGAAGAUCACCGCCUCGAAGGCAGAGGGAAACUGCAUUGGUCCCAGCGUGAGGCUCGGCGACCUUGAGGGGACCGCCACCCUGGAAAGAGCCCGUGCUCUCGCAUCCCUUGUCGACAAGAAGGGAGCGGCACCGCGCCGCCUCUCUCCGCUUGGGGAGGCCUGCCUUGUGUCCGCUAACGUGCCGAGGUCCCUCCUGCAGGACGGAGAGGCUGAGGUCAGGGGCGCCUUCAGGUCCUUAUAUCAGGGCGACCACGCCGGCGUCGAGUUCGCGACGCAGGCUCACACUGCAUUACUGCAAGCCUCAGGGCUCCUCACGCGGGAGACCCAGCUCCUUGCCAAGCACGCUCCGAGUCGCGGCGGCCCAUGGGAGGGGCUGAUAAUAGACGACUUUUUCUCCCUUUCUUCCGAAAAGCUCCACAGCCGCCCGGAAGACUCCACCGCCGCAGCAAAGGUCAGGCAGGCUAAGGCGUGCUACUCACAGGCAGGUGUUGCCGGCAGCCCCCACAAGGACAUAGAUGGCUCCGACCUCUUCCUUGCCGCCGGUGCCCAGGUAGACUCUACGGCAGGCACAGCCUCUGAAGGGCGAGUGUACGUCUCCGCCUCGACUCCAAAGCUCCUCGCCCUGUCCUUCCUGAGUCUGAAAGCCGCAGCGCUCCCCGUCAUCACAGAGGAGCUGGCCUCGAACCUCGCUGGAUCAUGGAUCUCAGUCGUCAUGUACAGGAGAGCCCUUUUCUCCGUCCUCGAUGGUUUCUUUAGUCUGGGGAAGUCUGAAGCCUCCCAAGCAACCGGCAGCCAUCUGAGAUUUUUUCCCUAG